GAUCUCACUUACAUUUUGCCUCUAACUAUGUACGCUAAUUCGUCGUUAAUUAGAUUGGAUUUGAGCCAUUGGGUGUUUGAUAAAGGACAGGUCAUAGCUUGGAACUCUUUAAAGAGCCUAAAGCUGGAUUGGAUAGAGUUAGAUGAUGAUGAUAUUGUGAACUUACUGUCAGGUUGUCCUGCUUUGGAAACUUUGAAAUUGUCAGCAUUCCAUGGUUUUCAUCUUCUUGAAAUUACCUCUUUAAAUGUAAAGAGACUAACGUUGGCUGGCUAUUUGAAGCCUUGUGAUGGAAAUGAGGAGCUUUUGGAAAUUAUUGCCCCACAUAUUCAGCAUUUGGAUAUUUCAGGAGAUCUUGGACAUCUCAAGUGUAGGCUAGUAAAUGUAUCCUCUUUGGUUUCUGCCAGCCUUCCUUUUGAGACUACAUGUAUCACUGAAUCUCGGGAUGAAGAUGAAGAUGCUGAUGAGGAAGACAUGUGUCGUGAUUAUCAUCAAGUUUCCGAGAACCUUGUUCUGGACUAUCUUCAAAAGUUGAGUCGUGUGACUCAGCUAACAAUUGGAAGUUGGUUCGCAAAGGUUGUAUUCAUGUUGGAAGAAAAUGAACAUGAAGAAGUGUCACUUCCAGAAUUGAGAUGCAAAUGUCUAACGUUAGAGAUGCAUGUGACAGAGUAUAAUUUGUAUGGAGUAGCUAGCCUAUUGCGGGCAUCACCUCUUUUGGAGACACUGAACAUACACUUGGGAGUUAAGUUGACUGAUUUCCACUGCGAACUUGAGCUAAGCUAUUUCGAUGAAGUAGAUAAUAUCAGUUUGUGGAAUUGGAUUUCUGACAUUGUGUUUCCCAAUCUCAAGAAUGUUAAGAUUGUCGGCUGCACAGAGAAAUGUCCGAAGGAGUUCUGGUGUGAAUGGGGUGAUAAGCUUUUCAAACUUUCGAAGUUUCUUAUAAAGAAUGCAGUGGCUUUAAAGAAGUUUGUUAUCGUAGGAAAGAGAAGAAAAUGCUGGAAAUGUAAAGAGAGCUGUUUCUCCCGGUAUUUAUCGGGAAUUGCAAAGAAACUGUUAGACAUUCCAAGAUCAUCUAAGAAUGUUGUUAUUACUUAUGAAAAGUAUGCUUUGCACGACUAGACUGGACGUGGUUUGGUAGCGGAGUACUAGAAAUGUCACCUUAUAUUGUAGGUUUUUAUUUACUGCAGAUGUCAUCUUGAACUUGUAAUGUUUUGGAUGCUUGGUUUCUCAUGAAGCCUUUGUUUGUUGCACUCUAGACAUCGCAUAUGUGCUUAGAAUUUUCUUGCAA